AUGCUUAAGAACCAACUUACACCAACACUAUGCCAAAGACAAGGAAAUAGGGCUCCUGAAUGCUUUAAAAGAGUAAGAGAUUUAGAAACAAAACAAGAAUGCUUUCUUAUUGGUUUGCUUCAAUUAAAGUAUAAUAUUAUUUGUGAACGACCAUAUAAAUUUAAGAUAAAAUCAUUACCUUUCUUUAAAGUAAAGACUCUUUAUAAUGUUUAUGAGUCUAUUGAUGUUCAAAAAUUAACUAACGAAAGAGUAAAAUCAUUGGUUGAUAAAGAUAGAGCUGAUAAUGUAGAUGAAAAAACAAUUAGAAGAAGAACAGAAGUUUACAGAAUUUCUGAACAUCUUCAUGUUUUAAUGGAUAUCCUUAUAAGCAAUGGUACAAAUAUAAAAACAAAAGAAAAUAGACAUACAACAAUGGCUGACAGAAGAAAUUUAUAUUCAAUAAAUUACGAAGGAAUCAAUUUUUCUAAAAAAGAAAUUGUUGAAAAAGGAGGUUCAAUUCAUAGUUUGAUAAGUGAAGAAUUUACUAAAAAAAGACCAAAUUCGACUAGUUUAUUACCAUUAUGUGAUACAGAAAUUAUGUCUUUAUUAUUAAAUUAA